AGUCUUUUUUAUAUUUCAACAGCAUCGCUACGAUAGCACGGACAUUUCCAAUUUUUUCCUCUCAACCCCCCCAAUUUUUCAAAUUUUCAAAAGGAAACGAAAUUCAAUUCAAUUCUAUUUUUGAAAAAUGAAGAGAUCUGAUUCGAUAGAAGAAGGCUGUACGACGCCGAAGCAUAGAAUUCCGGAGGCGUUUCAAUGUCCACCGCCGCCUAGGAAGAAAUCACAAGGAGGAGCAAAGAGGGAGCCACCGAAGAACGGUUACUUUCAGCCGCCUGAUCUUGAUACUCUUUUCACUAUGCAGCCUAUUCGUGAAGCUUGUGCUUAGAGAGUUCAAAGACUUAAUUUGCAUUAUAUAUUUAUUUUAUAAAUUUCAAUCGUAAAUAUAUGAUUUAGGAGUAGUAGUAGCUAGUAUUAAUUCUUAUUUUCUUCAAAUUUGUAAUGUAGAAGAUAAUUGAUUUAUUUUUAUUAAUUUAUCCCUCUGCUUAAUUCUCUUUUGCUCUUUGCUUUUCUUACAUAUUAAAUUUUGUUCUAAAGUUACGAAAAUAAGAUUUAUUAAA